UUGUCGUCUUUUGAUGAUGUAGCACGAAUUUCCACGUCGCUGUGAAGAUGGCGGAAGUGGACGAAAGCACUAAACCUCUGUUUGCUGGUCUAUCUGAUGUUUCCAUCUCUGAGGACAUUCCUGUUGAGGGUGAGAUUUCUGUUCCAGUGGAUUCUCCAACUCAAGAUGAUGAAUACUCAACACUUGAUGAGCCAGUCAAAGAAACCAUUCUCCGAGAUUUAAAGGCAGUGGGGAAAAAGUUUGUCCAUGUGUUAUACCCUAAGAAAAGCACUGCACUGCUAAGAGAUUGGGAUUUAUGGGGUCCUUUGUUGCUGUGUGUAACGCUGGCUCUAAUGUUGCAGAGAAGUUCUACAGACAGCAAAGAGGAUGGCGGUCCCCAGUUUGCAGAAGUGUUUGUCUUAAUCUGGUUUGGAUCUGUUGUUAUUACGCUAAACUCCAAGUUGCUUGGAGGCACAAUAUCAUUUUUCCAGAGCCUGUGUGUUCUAGGAUACUGCAUUCUUCCAUUAACUGUUGCAAUGAUCAUCUGCAGACUGGUCCUGCUCGGCAGCGAGGGAAUCGUUAGUUUUAUAAUUCGAUUCAUAGUGGUUAUUGUUUCCUUUGGCUGGUCUACAUUUGCCUCUACAGCCUUUUUGGCUGACAGUCAGCCUCCCAAUCGCAAAGCACUUGUUGUCUAUCCCAUAUUCCUGUUCUACUUUGUAAUUAGUUGGAUGAUCCUCACUUUUGCUCCUUCUUCAAGCAGUAGCACAAAGACCGUGGGACACUGAAGUUUCAAAGUUGAUCACUGGACAAAAAGUGCAAAGAGCAAUUUCUGCUCGGCAAGACUUGGCACAAAUUUAAUAAUCGCAGCAGCCACCUAAAGUGAUGUGCAUGUAUUUUUGAAGUUUGAAGGAAGGAAGGAAGAAAGAAAUACAAAAGGCUGUCCUGCUCAGUCUGUCCUGGGCACUGAAGGAUAUCUGAUGCAGUCUCAAAUGCCCAUUUUCAGUCUACUUACCUGUAUCUCCACAUGCCUCUCUUUAGUUGAAUUUGUUUGUACAGUUCCUAGGAUUUGGGAUUGAUUUUUAUCACGUACUACCAAACAGAGUGGCACAGAAAAGUCCUGCAUGCAUUUAUUUUGUUUUCAAAACAGUGGAUAAUUAAUGCCUAAGGGUAUUACAUCAUCAGUGCACUGCCAUUUGAAUGUGUCUUCUUACAUGCACGUGUGUGUGUGUGUGCUGCAGAAUUAGCUGGACUGUAUUUUCAAAAUAACAGUCCAUUGGGCACUACCCUAUGAUGACAUUUCUCUCAUGACCAGCAUUUUGGAUGAUAGGAUGUGUGCUUCCAUUUUAUUUACACACCAUACACUCAUUUUGCUGGUGUGUGUGUAAAUAAAGAUGUUGUGUGGGAGGAGGAGCAGAAGCCUGAGAAGUGUUUGAGGCGAGUGUUUACUUUCACUGCCUUGCAGCUGGCUCCUGGAGCAGAUUUACUGCAGCUGUCUAGCAGACACCAGCCCCCUUUUACAGUAACAAAACAUGUGUGCAAAUAACAGAAGUGCUAAUUAAACUGAGUCUGGGAUGGGGAACUGCAUGACUCAUUGGUUAUCCACUUUUUUGUAUGGUUCCUUUUUGUAUACUGUAUAAAGAGAGCCUAAAUCCAUGGACUAGUAUAUAGAUAAAUCAACGGGCGUUUUGCUUUUUCUUAUUGAUUUCAGUCACGUUCCACUCUGAUGCAAUACAGUAUCUUCGGUGGCUCAUGUUUAUGGUGCACGUUCAUACUUGGGUGACACCUCUUUGCAAAUACAAAUGAUUUUUCUUAAUAUAUUUUUUGGAGUGUUGAAUAAUGUAGAUUUUUCAUGUAUUUUUCUUAAUUUAUUUGAAGAUUUGGAUUUUGCUUGUGGAGAAAAUCUAUUCUGCUAAAGUAUUUUGCAUCUCUUGUACCUGGUUUUGGGGGGUGGAGGGUGUCAUUUAAGUUCUAACCCUAAAGAGGACUGAAAGUUGUUUUGAGAUUUUAAUUCUUUACAGACAUUAUUCAUUUAAAUAUUACAUCAUUUUCUAGAUAUUUUUCCCAGGUGUAUAGUUUUGUGAGCCUGCAAAUGACGUUAAUAUGUUUUCAGUCUGUCCUCUUACUGAGCAAGACUAGUUUUGGUCUCGGGGCCCACAGCCUGUUUAUUAUUUGCAGUUAGGAGUCAAACUGUCUUACUGACUCUCUCAUAACCUGUAGACCUAGAAUGUCUUUAUCUUAUGGUGGUGGUUAUAACACUAAAAAUCAAAAGAGAAUUAGGUUUGUGAACCAGGAAUUAUCCAAAGGGUAAUUGCAUUCUCAGUUUGGAGACAACAUUCAGACUGGGAGUUAAUAAUUGUCACUGUGUGUAUUUAAAUUUUGGGAGGCAAUGACAUGAAUUCCCCUUUCCAUAAGGACAGUAGUUUUGCUUGUUCUGGAAAGCCAGCUUGUCAUUUUUGCACUCUCUAUUUACUAUGAAGCAGGAUACUUCAAUCAAAUGCCUUACUUUACAAGAUUGUUUACUGAUUUACGUGUGUGUCUUUAUUUCACAUCACAUCUGUUUGCUAUUGUCAGAGUUUUGGAAGUGGCACCCCCAAACCUUGGUAAAGCUGUAAGCCAUCUGUUUAAGGAUCACUAAACACAGACCCCAAAUUGUGUUCAAAGUUCACACAUUGCGUCCACCAUCACAUUUGCAGAAAACAAUCUGCACCCAUAUUGGCUGUGUAAACUGCAUUCCACUAAUUGCACUGUAAAUGACUUGUAUAUUUAACAAAAAAAAAAUUACCAAUAAAAUGUUUUGGCAAGUACCA